AUGGCGGAGCACAUACCCGAAGACGUGAUAGUUAAAAUCGUGGAGCAGUUGCCGAUCAAAUCCUUAAUCCGCUUCACCUGUGUUUCAAAGUGGUGGCGUUCCAUCAUAUUGUUCGACCACCAAUUCGCGAAAUCCCAGUUCGAUCAUCAGCAGAGUCGAACAAGCUUAAGGCUCCUCGUCUCCACCGCCUCUGAAUCAGAAUAUGAGUCCCUAUACUCCGAGACGCCAUUAGACUCUCUCGUUAUUAAGCUGAGCUGCCCAUUCAAGCAACCUUACCACGACGUCACCUUACUCUCCUCCUGCAAUGGUUUGGUAUUCGCUUCAUCCUAUAAUAAUAGAGCAUGCUAUGAACCACGGAAGGACCUGCCGAUAUUCUCAUGGAGAGCUAACACUUGGAAAACAAUCCAAGUCCCUUCCAAUCUCAAUAACUUCGAGGAGGCACUUCAUUGGUACAAGGAGAGUAGUAGAGAAAAUAAAAUAGUUGUUUUCGAUUUGGCAAGUGAAGAGUUCCGAACUAUGCCUCUGCCUCCUCGUCUUUUUGAGCCAACGAACCCUCGUUCGUUUAGAGGAUGCUUGUGUGUUUAUGAUUGUCGAGACAAUGGCUAUAUUUAUCUGUGGAUCAUGAGAGAAUAUGGCGUGGCUGACUCGUGGGCUAAGCUCUUUACUAUAAAAGCUCCAGCUCUAGAUCUGCCUAGGGGUGUAAUUUGUACAUUGACGCCAAUCUUGGCAACAGAAAGUAGUUCAUUACUGUUAAGAUAUAUGUACGAGUCCAACGGAAAAAGAGAAUCAUGGUUGGUUAGGAGUGGUGAUCAUGGCCAGGAAAAGGAGUUUCAGACUAUAAUCACUAUAUUUAAGAAGAGUCUAACUUGUCACGUCACAGUAUAUAAAGAGAGUCUACUUUGGCUUCACUAA